GUGAAGCCUGUCGACUAUCUGGCAACCCUGAACCCGGCUUGGAGAGUGCUUCGCUUGUCAUGAAGUGGGAAAAGUAUGUUGUCAAGGCAGACCAUUAAGUUUGUCUUUAGCGUCACUUGGGCAUUAUGGGAAAAUUGCGGUCAGCAGCUUUCAUAGUUACCAGUGGCUCGGUCAUUUUUGCCAGCCACGCUGUACUCUCAGGAAAUGAGAAAUUCUAUAAGCAUUUCAUUAUGCCCUGCUUUCGUUUGGUUGAUGCCGAGACAUCGCAUGUCCUAGGUGUAAAAGCAAUGUCUUUUGGUAUGGUUCCACUUAACAACUACAUAGAUCCUCCUUCAUUGACAACUACUGUUUGGGGAAAAACCUUCAGCAACCCCAUCGGAACUGCAGCUGGCUUUGAUAAGCAUGCUGAAGCAAUGGUAAGCCUACACAAUAUUGGUUUCAGCUUUGUUGAAGUCGGCAGUGUCACACCGCUUCCUCAAGAUGGUAAUUCAAAGCCUCGAGUGUUCCGGCUGACAGAAGAUGAUGCAGUCAUCAACAGAUAUGGUUUCAACAGUGUUGGACAUACAGUGGUGGCAGAAAGGAUGAAGAAUUACAGAGCAAAACCAGGUAAGCAAAAUAUUGUUGGCAUCAACCUAGGCAAGAAUAAAACAUCAGAUAGCGCUAUCCAGGAUUACGUUCUUGGUGUGGAACGCUUAGGUGACUUGGCAGAUUACUUGGUUGUUAACGUUUCCAGUCCAAAUACUCCCGGGCUCCGUGACCUUCAAGGCAAAGAGAAACUCCAAGAAUUGAUAGUAAAUGUUUUGAAAGCUAGAGACUCUCUGCCACGUAAACCACCAGUGUUAAUCAAAAUUGCUCCAGACUUGACAAGCAAGGAUAAACACGAUAUUGCUGAUGUCAUUCUAGAUCCAAAGAGCAGAAUUGAUGGUUUGAUUGUCAGCAAUACAACUAUAACACGUCCAUCACAUUUGAAGAGCACGCUAAAGAAUGAAGCUGGUGGUUUAAGCGGUAAACCUGUAAGAGAAUUAUCAACAGAUGCUAUACGAGAAAUGUACAAACUUACUGAUGGAAAACUACCGAUUAUCGGUGUUGGUGGUGUAAGCAGUGGACGUGAUGCUUAUGACAAGAUUAAAGCUGGUGCUUCAUUAGUUCAGCUAUACACUGCAAUGGCAUUUCUUGGACCUCCGCUUAUAACAACCAUCAAGAAAGAAUUAGAAAAAAUACUACGAGAAGACGGAUUUAAUAAUGUCAGUGAGGCUGUAGGACUUGAUCACCGAUAGUUAGCUAUAGCCCGUGUCCACUUGAAAUGUUUCCCCUCACCCAUGAUCUUCGCCAUAUAGACAUGUAAAUUUCUCCAUUUAAUGAAGUUCAUGCACCCCCUUCUAAGUAAUUUAGGCCUUACAAUACUUUGAAGAUUAUUAUUUAUUAUUUGACAAGGCUUACGAUUUCAGCAUGGGUAUAAUUAUCUGUCUGAAAAAUUAUUCAACAUUUAUCGUAUCAGAUAUAUAUUUUCUUAUUGAACAGUCUUAAUAAAUCAUGUUGAAAUUGUA